AUGCAGCCGCUGCUUGGGAGUCAGAGCUCGGCCCCGGGGCCCCCUGAGCCCAUGGUCACUGAGAUCAAAGCCGUUGUGGUCGGGGACGGGGGCUGUGGGAAGACAUCUAUGCUGAUGGUCUUUGCUAGAGGGGACUUCCCCAAGGUCUACGUCCCCACAGUGUUCGAGAAGUACACAGCCUCCUUCCGGAUCAGCGGCAAGCCUGCCAAGAUCCACCUGUGGGACACAGCAGGGCAGGAAGACUACGACAGGCUGCGCCCACUGUCCUACUCAGACACCAACGUUGUCCUCAUAUGCUUUGAUGUCACCAGCCGCAGCAGCUAUGACAACAUCCUAACGAAGUGGUACCCGGAGGUCAACCACUUUUGCAAGGGUGUCCCGGUGCUGCUGGUAGGCUGCAAGACUGACUUGCGGCAGGGCCACCACGAGCCUGUCACCUUCCAGGAGGGGGAAGCCAUGGCCCAGCAGGUGCAGGCUGCAGCCUACUUGGAGUGCUCAGCGCUGCACCAGGACAAUGUCAGGGAUGUCUUUGUUGAGACCUGCACCAUCGCGCUCCGUGGUGCCCGUCGACCCCGCCGCAAGAGGUGGCCCCGCAAUGGCUGUGUGAUCUGCUGAGUCCCAGCACUAUGAGGCUGGCCACUGGCACCCCCCAGGGGCUGGGAACUGACUUGGGGAUCCCUGAGCCCUGCUGGACAGGAACGGAUGCAUCCCCAUGCAGCACCGUUGUGGUAUGGUAUUAAAAUUCAAAGAUCAGUG